CUUGCACAUGUCAUAAUAAACAAGAUGGCAGACGAAAAAGUUGAUGGUCUUGCAUGCAAGGGAGAAGAAACCGUUGUAGACUUCGACAAAUUGCAUGACUUGUUUGUUUAUGAUGAAUCGGGAAGCUCUCUUCGUUUUUCAGAUAUCUACAAACAUCAGAAAACGAUUAUUGUUUUUACGCGGCAUUUCCAUUGCUUUGUAUGCAAGGAUUACAUAGAAGAUUUAGGAACUGUUCCGCCUGAAUACCUCCAGGCCGCUGAUGUAGGCAUUGUGGCGAUUGGACCAGCACCAUUUAAGUUUAUAAAGUCAUUCAAGGAAGAAACAGGUUUUAAUUACCCUCUGUAUACUGACCCAGAGAGGAAGGUUUACAAGGCCCUCAACCUGCAGGAGAAGAUGGUGCAUGGCGAUGGCAAGAAUAAUAAACAUGUCAAGCAGAACCUCUUCAUGGGGUCACUGAAGAGUACCUGGAAUGCUUUGAAGGUCGGGGAGUUUGAGGGGAAUAUAAAACAGCAAGGAGGAGGUUUUAUACUAGGGCCGGGUGAUGUUGUACACUUCGCUCAUAUUGAUGCAAAUUCUCUUGAUCACACGCCGAUCAAUGACCUUCUGGAGAAGGCAGGAGUGGCCCCAGUGAGCUUCCCCAAGGACAAACGGGACUAGUGCUUAUAAAAUCUUCAGAUCAUGAUAUUUUAGUGUUAUGACACGCUCCCGUGAGUGUCUCUUCAGCGCCCUCAUCGUCGAUCUGCACUGUUGUCAUAUAACACUGUAUCAAUAACUAUCAUGAAGCUUAUUGUUUUUUACCACCAUAGUGUUUCAAAUUGAAAGGGCUGUGGUGGCCGAGUAGUUAAGGUGUCCUGACACUUUAUCACUAGCCCUCCACCUCUGGGUUGCGAGUUCGAAACCAACAUUGGGCAGUUGCCUGGUACUGACCGUAGGUCGGUGAUUUUUCUCCGGGUACUCCGGCUUUCCUCCACCUCUAAAACCAGGCACGUCCUUAAGUGACCCUGACUGUUAAUAGGACGUUAAACAAAGUAAAAUCAAGUUUCAAAGUGUUAAGUCUGUGAUAAAGUGUUCCAAAAUGGGGAUACAACUUUUUUUAUAUUGAAAAAAUUACUUAAAAUGUUUUUUAUGUCGCGCCAAGAAGUGGUCGGAGGCAUUAAUAGUACCCUUCUUCUGUCCAUUUUUUUGCCUACAAUAAAUUUAGUUGAAAGUUCUUUUUGGGGUCAAGCAUUGAAGCAGUGCAGUUAAAUAGUUGAAAAAAAGACCAUUUGACAUAAUUUGGUCUUUGGAUAAAUUUAGCAUUUUCAUCAAAGAUGGAUUGGGGCGAUAGUAGUACAUGUACAUAAUUUACUAUUGUUAUCAAUGGUUAUAUCUGUAAAUAACAAGACUAUGCCCAAUUAUAGAUACUAAUUUAAUUGCAGUAAAGGUACCAUGUAAGGAGAUGGCUUCGUUCGUAAGUUGUAGUAACUUGUGCCAAAUCCUAUUUUCCAGUUUUGGAAAAUGAAAUAUUUCUAAAGUCAAAGUACCAUAAUUAUUAUCUAAGAUGUCUGAUUUUUGUUUGCCUUUUAAAAAUCUGAUAUGGGCUGACUAGCUGAAGGUUUCUGAUGUUUAUCGGCCUGUUAAAAAUCAGAUAUUUGAAAGACAAUAAAACAUCAGGAAUCUUCGGAUUACGUACCAUACAGCUGCGUGUAACAGUGUAUCACUCUCGUACUUUUAAAGUCCUGUAACAAUACUCUAAAGUGCCAUAUGAAAAAAUCCAUACCAUUCAUAAAGAAGCUUGCUUGAGUUCCCAUUUCAUAUGAGAUGAGUUCUAUAAAGCGAGACUGUGAUUUUUCAUUUUUGUGAAAAUUGAUAUUUU